GCGCUCGCGCGGAGGCUGGGGCUAUGGCGGCGCCGCGGCCGCUGUCCCGCUUCUGGGAGUGGGGGAAGAACAUCGUGUGCGUGGGCAGGAACUACGCGGACCAUGUCCGCGAGAUGCGCAGCGCAGCGCCCAGCGAGCCGCUGCUCUUUCUGAAGCCGUCCACGGCCUACGCGCCCGAGGGCGCGCCCGUGCUGCUGCCGACCUACACGCGCGACCUGCACCACGAGCUCGAGCUGGGUGUGGUGCUGGGCAGGGCCGGCCGCGCCGUGCCCGAGGCCGCCGCCAUGGACUACGUGGCCGGCUACGCGCUGUGCCUUGACAUGACCGCCAGGGACGUGCAGGACGAGUGCAAGAAGAAGGGGCUGCCCUGGACGCUAGCCAAGAGCUUCACCGCCUCGUGCCCCGUCAGCGCGUUUGUGCCCAAAGAGCGGAUCCCCGACCCGCACCGGCUUAAGCUCUGGCUCAAGGUCAAUGGCGAGCUCCGGCAGGAGGGGGACACCUCGGCCAUGAUCUUUUCCAUCCCCUACCUCAUCAGCUACGUCUCCAAGGUCAUGGCCUUGGAGGAGGGAGACCUGAUCUUGACCGGGACGCCGAAGGGAGUCGGACCCGUUAAGGAGAACGACGAGAUCCAGGCAGGCAUCGAAGGCAUCCUCAGCAUGACAUUCAAGGUGCAGAGGGCAGAGUAUUGAGCAUUCGGACUUCUCGCCAAGAUCCGAGCAAGGCAGAAGCAUGCCCAGGUUGUUCGCAGAAAAGCAGCAAUUUGAAACGAUUGGAUUAAAUCCUAUUCCUUAACUCAGAAACGGUGGCCCCCUCCGAGGAUGGCGUGAGGGGAAGGUGCCCGGCCAGAAAUGGGAAGAGAAAGAUUUUUCUAGGAACGCACGUAAUAAAGCCUUUGUGAUACUUCUAUAGAUUUCUCUAAAUGUUCACUGGACGACUCUUCUCCUAAAACUGCCUCCCAGGGUCUUAUCAGUGGCUCUUUCUGGGACCAAUAGUUCAAAAUCUGCAAAGGAAACUGAAAGCAUUUUUUAAAUCAAUUUCCCCCAAAUUACUGGGCCAAUAUUAGGCCCCUGUGCCAAUUAGCAGAAUUAAUUCCCACCACUCCCAAGAGAUUCUUCCAUGGAAAGAUGGAAGAACUCCACAUCAUCGGUUUCUUUAAUCCUAGUCAGUGGACAACCAAUUCAUCUGCUCAGAGAAUGUCCCUGGCCCAUAUACUCUGCGUUUGGGGCAUCAUUUUGAAGGUAAUUGUCUUCUAAAUAAAUAUGUUGUCAUCUUUGUGGA